AUGGAUCGGGUGGUGACAUUCUCUGCUAAUUGGAUUGAGCACGGGAGCAGCAAUCUACAUUCAAUUGCCGGAGAGAUUCCGCGAGAAGGGGCGAAGAACGACAAGGUACUGCAAUGGAAAUUGCAGUGCGGUCAUUGAGUAUUUUGGUGACUGUAGACUCUGAUCCACUUUAACGGGCGCCCGAACUUCGAAAGGAUAGGAAACAGGCAGGUUCAUAGAGUGGGAUACCGUGUUCAUUUACGACAGAGUAAUGAAUAAAGCUUCAUAAAUGACCUGCA